AUGACAUCGGACUUGCCGGCGAUGAAGUGGCUAAUCUUCGGCUGUGGUGGCGUCGGUGGUUACUUCGGAGCGCGCAUCGCACAGGUGCCCGGACAGAAAGUCAGCUACAUUGUUCGAAACAAGGCGUUGGCGGCUCUGAAAGAGCACGGCGUUCGCAUUACCAGCAUUUGUGGAGAUGUUCAG